CUCACAAUAUCUGAGGGCUCGCUGGCACUUCACAGUAUGAUCUUGUGGGGCUUAAAUCCGCGACUAAGUACUACUGAAAGAUAAGUUUAUUUGAAGCUAACAAGUUCUGAUACUUGAACGACAUAAAAGAGAUCCUUCAGUUUCCAAAUAUCGUUAAGCGAGGCGGGCUAGCCAAGUAGAUUUACAUGGUAUGUAUGCUCCUCAGCAAAGUGGAUUGAUUACCUUUGCUUGUGAUAAAAGGAAAAUUCACGUGUGUUUUCACCCAAGCCAAGAGCUUGAGUCAACACUCUGUUCAGUCUCCAGAGUGAAUUCGUCUUUUUAUCUGAUGUCGAACUCUUUCGGCUCUCGAGAGCUAGCUUGCCUUCUAGCUUCAAUCGUAGCAGAUCGCAGAUAUUUAAAAGUCUCCAACCGCCAUUGUCACUUGAAGAGAUCAAGCCCAACGCCUUUAUUUCGAUUCCACAAAUCUGAAAUCUAUCUGUAGAUCGAUCUUCCCUGGCUUCUUUGGUUCAUUCCGUCCAUAGGCAGAAACGACAGCAAGACCGACAAAUUCUUCUUAAAGCUCCCCAAUCGACGAAACUCAUUCUAGAUCCAUUCAACUCAUCUUCGACCACUUCUCUACAGAAUCAGAGAACCAACGACUCGUUUUCCACAACCCAACAGUCAUAUCCUUACAAUGACACCGCCUAAAUUCUUUCAGCUCAAUGCCGAAGCUCUUGGGGCCGAGAUCGUCACCAUCCAUGUCGGACCGAAGCGGAAGACCUUUACGGUACACAGAAAGCUGCUAUGCGACCGUUCUGAGUUUUUCUUCAAGGCCUUUAACAGUGGCUUCAAGGAGGUCUACCGAAGGAGUUAUGUACCUUCCUGAAGACGAUGCCGACGUAUUCGACUUAAUGGUUGGCUACAUCUAUCCAGACCGAAUACCCUCGUUUUCUGCUGCCAAAUACAAUCAAGAUGACAAUGGUGUCAGCAAGUUCUCACACGGCUUGUAUACCCUAUUCGCGCUUGCCGAAAAGCUGUGCAUGAACGAUCUUGCGAACCGGCUAAUGGACGAGAUUCAAGAUUUUCAAUAUGAGCAUUCAAGAGUCCCUAGCAUGACAUGGUUUUGCGAUAUCUACAACAUGACUUCUCUCAGAAGUAAGCUUCGAUGCUAUGCCGUAUUGAUGUGCCUGCGUGAAGAAUACACUCGUGGAUAUGCUACGCUUUGUCCUGAGGAUGUUUGCCCAGAAGGUGAUGUCAAAGAUGACAAGGAGGUAUUCGAGAGCUUACUUGACACACAUCCGGAAUUUGCCAAAGAUUACAUUGCACUGAAUUGGAAGUUCACGGGUAGAUUCAACUCAGAAACAAUCCCAGAUGCACGGAUCCGAAAUGACAGCGAGGGCUUCGGUCGAUGCUUCUUCCAUACUCAUAGCAACGGAGAGGAGUGCCAUCUCGGCCAUUUGCCAAAGGCAACCGAACAAUAAAUGGCCACCCUUAGUGGAUUUCAGAGAUAUGAUAGUCUCGAAGAUGUCACUUUGAGAUUUCACAGUGGUGGUAUCAUAGGGAAAUCAUCUCAUGCAGAAAGUGCCUAGGUGUAGAUAUUUUUGGGACCUUGUGGGGAAAUGCGGCCUCUGGAAAUUCUAGCACGUUCUCAAGGGUGGUCACGAUAUCUAGAAAGGAAAAUACAUGGGCCCAAUUCGGUCGGUACUCAGCAUAGUUCUGCAGACCAAGAGCAGAAAAGACCUGACAGGAAGGUGAUUGACUCCCUGAUCUUCUUCGACUUCAACUAAAGAAACAAUGAAUGCAUCUUUACGAA